UGCUGAUACAGACUGACUCUUUGAAGCCUAACGCUCUUCACUUUUCAUUCUCUUUGUAUUGGGCACCUUUCUAAUUGCUUCUCGUUGGCAUUUCUUUUUCUGCAAUGACAUUUCAGGAUGAGCUCGUCCACUUGGCUUGGGAAGACGAUGAUUCCCUCGCCGAUGAGGACUUUUGCAGCCAACGUGGCCAUUCGGGGUACUAUUGAGGAUAUUAUAUGCCCGGCAUCCAUGAUGGCUCCCCCGGCCACCCAGGACCCUCAAGCGUCGACCGCGACCGAGCACUCCAUCGAGAGAGCCACAACUGCAAGUCAAGACUCAGUUAUCGAGGGCACGUCUUCCGAGUACGAGUCCCAGACGAGUCGCACGAGCUCGGACUCUUCUAGCUGUACGACUUCUCGCUCCGCCCGCUCAGGCCACUCCGGUCCAUUUAGCUCCAGUCGCUCGUAUCGAAGUGACACCCCUCACCCCGCCGCCCUGCCAGGUCCUGUCGCCCCGUCUCGCUCCUCCCGUGCUAUUCGACCCACUUCGCUGUCGGCUCAGGAUACCGUCGUACGACCCAAGCCGAAUGGCUUCAAGGUAGCUGUAUCCCCGAAUGAGCACAAGAAGCUCAAGAUCAAGGUCGAAGCCUCUGACAAAACAGAGAGCAUCAAGAUGUCAUUCCAUUUCAAUUCAUAACAUCUGGGGUUAUCAUGAGGAGGUCAAUAAAUGACUUGAUAGAAUGGAACGAGUUGAAAUGAAGUGAAAUGGGCAGCGCUCUGGCG